AGAUAUUACUAGUCAGUGAAACACAAUUAGAGUUUACAAGAAAACUACCAAACUGAAUACUUGAUUGACUUAUUAUGGUGAAGUCACUAUUUACAAUAGCAUUAAAUAAUAUUCCUUCGAGAAGAUCCUUAAUCGUGGAAUGGGCCAGACUCGAGUCUACAAAGGACUCGAUGAACAAUCAAGUUUUAAAAAUACUAAUUGACAAAAAAGGAGUGGAUAUUAAUGCAACUGAUCAAUAUGGUGAUAAUGCGCUAAUAUAUACCAUGCGUAAUAAUGCAACAAAAUGUGCGAAGUUGUUGCUUGAUCAUGGUGCUGAUGUAAAUGCUGUUAACAACAAUGGUAAGACUGCACUGAUGUAUGCAGCAUCAGUAAAUGAUUCAGUUGAAAGCGUCAAUCUGCUCAUUGCAUAUGGUGCUAAUAUCGAUGCUAGGGAUAAUGACGGGACGACAGCUUUAAUUCUCGCGAAAUCUGAAUGUAUGUGCAUCUUGGUUGACAAGGGAGCAAAUGUGAACACAGCAAAUAAAACAGGACUCACUGCACUCAUGCGGGCUACAAGAUUCAGCAUUACAGCACCCAUCGAAGCGUUAUUAGACCAUGGUGCUGACGUGAACGCUUGUAUCAAUCCUGGAAUGAACACCUUAUAUUACCCUGUAUGCCAAGAAAAUUCUGAUUCAGUACUGUUGCUUAGCCAUGGAAUGAACGCACUCUUCUUCGCUGUAUGCCAUGACAAACCCGACUUAGUACGUUUGCUUAUCAAGAAAGGUGCCGAUGUCAAUACUUCUGGUCCGUAUAAUGAAACGGUAUUGAUGCGUUCUGUAUGUAGUCUAGAUCCAGCUUGUCUCGUACUGUUGUUAGCAAAUGGUGCAGAUAUCAAUAGGGUUAACCACGAAGGGAAAAAUGCUAUGUCAAUUGCAUUUGAAUAUAGUACAUAUUUUGGAAUAGAAACAUACAGAGCCAUCUGCAUCCUUGCUUUGUAUGGAGCCCCAUUUGAUGCUAAACAGUUACUUUCUUUUAAGAAGCUCACGUGCAAGAGCAGAUAUUCAAAACUAGGGGUGAUAUUAGAAGACUUCAAACUACUGGACCUUCAGCAACAAGUGAGACUCCGUAUGUAUCAACACACCACACGCGUCUGCCGGGACACAUACUCUGAAACAAUUGAUGCUCUCAUUAAAGGAGGUAAACUCCCAGAGAGAUUUAGGUCGUUUAUGCUGUUUGAAGAUGACAUUAAAGAUAUAUCAAUUUUGAGUAGAGAAUGUUGAGAUAGCCGAUGAGACAAUUCAGGGGUAUGAACCACGCCCCGCCACAAGCCAUCAUACCAGGAGCAAAGCUCUGAUGAUAACACAUUCAUUUGUUUUUUAUAAGUAAAUUAUGUUCUUUAAUUUGUUAUUACUUUAUUCAUGGUUAUAUGUUAACUUUAUGAUAUAUUCACACAUAUUAGGCAAAAUAUAUCGAAUUCCAGCCAUUCAGAACAUACCUGUACAUGUUGUAUUUAAAAUGAUUCACGGGAAAAUUUACAAUAAUUGAUAUUUUUUGAAAUCCAUGAAUUUUGCUAUUCUACCACAUCCUGCGCC